AUGGAACACUCCAGUCAGGAAAUCAACCGUCCGGGCUCGCUUGUAGGGUUUGUCCAACACGAUGAAGCGUGCAGCCCUCGCGACCCCGAAUCACAACUCGAAAAUGAGGAACAGGCCAAGACGCUGCGAGCGGAAAACGUAUCUGCAGAGCGGGUGCCCGGCACCGGCGACGAAGGCGACUCCACGCGGGUCGAAUACGCCAUAAUCGAGGAUGCAGCACAAGAGCGAAAGGCCAAGGAUGAUGACGAAGAGCAUAUAGCCGAGGGCAAGUGGCGCAAAACGCAGAAGGCGGAACCGCGCUCGGUGCCCGUCGGCUCCAUGUCGGUCACCCAACAGGAAAAUCUUGACCAGAAGGUAGCAUUCCUGAAGGGCACCCUCUCCCAGGAGCCGGGGUUCCUAGAAAACGCCGGGGGUCAUGCGUACGAGAUGCGGGCUCAGGCCGUGCAGGCCGAACUUCUCGUGAUGGGCGACAGCACUCAGCGCGGGUUCCUCGCUUGCGAGAUAGCCAAGAAAUACAAAGUCGAAGGCGCGCCGAAGGACGACUCUAACCCGAAUAAGCCCCAGCUACCUGCGAUUGUAGCUGAGGAGCUCAUGUGGCAGAGUAUCGCCACCGUACUGCGCCCCUCUGGCCCGUUAGUCCUGGGAGGCGCCUUCGACGCCUACGUUUGCCCUCCCGAAGUAGCCGCCUAUAUGCGCACCGAGCGAGAAGAGCGCUUCAAUCGGCUCCGUCAGCUGGAGCGCAAUGCUAGGCCCGAAGCAGAAGUAGUGGAGGGUUCCGAGGAAGAAAUGGUGGAAGAUUCCGAGGAAGAAAUGGUGGAGGAUUCCGAGGAAGAGAGUGAAGUGCAUUCGCAGAAGUCCUCCCGCGGAUGAUGCGCCUAUUUGAGGAGACAUGAGUCUCACGAAAGGUGCGCUCAUGCGAUCGUCCACCCGCGCAACCGAUGACUUCUCUCCGGUUUGCAGAUACGCAACAUGGGGGUGUUCCAGUUUUUGUGGGCAUAUCAGCAAACGUACGUCCGCCACACGCCGAUGGCAGCCACUUGCCAGGACUGACCGUGUCUCCUCAGCUCACGGCGAGUGCGCUAUUUCUUGAGGCGGAACAUUGUAUCGCAGGCAAGGCAGACAUACACAGUAUGCCGAAUUAGUGCGAGCGGGAUAUUGUCAUCGAGCGAAAUGCAUUUUGUUGCACAAUCGAAUGCGCGAGUGGAGCGCACGGUACUACUGUUCACUCAGCUGAGAG